AUGUCAUUAGCGACCUCGGCCGAAUUGUCGCGCGUAUUCAGUGAUGCCGCGGAGAGCUUCCAGAGAUCGCUCAGCCCGAAAGAGCAGUCCAUAUUCAAGAAGUUUUCAACCUCAAGUGAAAUGCUCAAGAACCUUUAUGAUAACUGCAAGGAUGUGCAAAACAAGUCAAAGAUUUCUAGGCUAUGCCGAAAGAUAGAGAAAUUCGCUACAGCAUGGGAGCCUUUUUUCGAAAUAACAUCCAUCUUCGUGUCAUCCCAUCCUGAAUUCGCCGGUAUCAUUUGGGGGGCUAUUCGUCUUGUCUUUUUGCUCGGGACGAACUACACUAUGCAUCUUGAGAAGAUAGUAACUAUGCUUCAACAAAUUGGAGAUGUGUUACCCGCGUAUGAGGAGUUCUUUGACUUGUUUGUCAAGCGCCGAUCAUCCCUGGAGAAGGAGACUGGAAUCGCCCCUUCUCUGGAGCUUCGUCACCACCGAUUGUACAAAGCUCUGUCAUUUGUCUAUGUUGAUUUGAUUCAAUUCUGCCAGGAGGCUUGUAGAAUAUUUGGGAGCAAACGAGGAGGUUCAAGAUAUACCCCUUCAAUAAUAGCAGAUGUAUUCUGGAAACCAUUUGAUUUGAGAUUUUCUGCGCUGCUAUCUCGCCUGCAAUCCCACCGGGAGGUCUUCCAGAAUGAGGUGCAGUUGGAGGAGUCAAAAUGGACGGAACUCCAACAUGACAAGAGGGCGAAACAGUCCGAUCUUAAUGGCCUGGCUUUAGAACAAAUCAAGAUGCAACUGGAGGAGUUGCAAAAAACUAAUACUGAUAUGGACUCGAUGCUCUCGAACCGACUGGAGACAAUUGAGCGCGUAUUCCAUGACAUGAGUUCGAAUGCUCGACAGAACAAAAUGGACGAACUGCAGGAAAGGCGGACCUUGGAGACCAGAGUCGCCGGGAUAAAGCGAUGGAUCAACGCUCCAGAGUACAUGCGGGAAUAUGAAAAGGCUCGCCGAAUCCGACUUCCUGACACGGGUGAUUAUCUUUUGGAAAGUUCUCUCUAUCGAAAAUUGAAAGGAAGCAAUGUUGAGACCGCUGAUUUGGAUUCACCGAUGGGCCUGCCUGCUUUGCCUCAAAUGCUAGUUAUCAAAGGCAAGCCCGGAUUUGGGAAAACUGUUGUUUCGUCCUUGAUUAUCGAGGAUCUUCAGUCCUCACUUCGCCCUGUCUUAUUCUAUCACUUUUCUUCUGAGAAAAGAAAUUCAGUUAGUCCAUAUGCUGCCAUGCGAGCCAUACUUGUGCAGCUCAUUCACUCUUUUGGAUCGAAUAAGAAGGUUGUUGACCAGAUUGCGGUAUUGACGAGCAAUGAGAGCUGUGGACAGAUAACAUCGUCGGAUGAGGAGGUCUUAGCAGCCGUGGAACUCCUUCUAGAGACAGCACCGCAAGUCUCCAUGGUUUUUGAUGGAGUUGAUGAAUGCGAAAAUGCAAGACAUUUUCUCGAGAUUCUGUGCUCCAUUAGCAGCUCGACGCGUCUGAAAACAGUUCUUCUAUGCAGGCCGAGUGUUGAACUACCAACCCGAUUCCCUCAUUUCCCCCUACAUCUCGAUAAGAGAUGGAAUCUCGCAGAUAUCAAAACUUUCGUUCGCCCUCAUCUCGAAUCUCUUUCUGAUCGGCGUUUACUUUCCCUCGAUCUUGAUUUGAAUCAGCUGGUCAAUAUAAUCAGCGAGCGCGCCGAGGGGAUGUUUCUUUGGGCGUGGCUCAUGACGCAAUACCUCAAUUGCCGUGCUCUAUCCCCGAAAGAACGAUCAGAUGCUAUCUUCACUCCUAGCCUUGUUGAAGGACUGGAUGAUGUCUAUGAAAAAAUUCUUCGCGUUCUUUCACGUGGUUAUGAUAGAGAGAAAGAUCAGGUUCACAAGAUUUUCGAGAUACUCUCAGUCUCCAUCCGACCUAUCCAUAUAUCAGAGCUGGAGUUUUCUGUGGCUGUCACACCAGGGAAAAUCACAGAAGCAUCGAAUCUAAUUGUCGAAUUUGAAGAGUCUCUUCCAAUCCUUUGUUCAAGUUUAGUUGAAGUGCAGAGGGAUAGGACUGUGCAAUUUGUACACUCCUCCUUUCGCGACUUCCUCACUCACCAAAACGCACGGGGUAAAACAAUCUUCGCGGUCAAUGAGCGACGGGCCAACAUCACUUGCGCAACUAUCUGCCUCUCCUACAUUAUGUAUGAUCUUCCCUCAAGCUCUGUAUCCCCUUUUGUAUCUUCUAUACCAGGGCAGAUCGGGACCCUAUUUUCUUCUCAUUUCCCCCUUCUCGGUUAUUCAAUUCACUGGCCAGUUCAUGCCUCGAAGGGGCUUGGCAAUUCAGAUCUGAGACCUCGCAAGGACGCAGAGACUGAUGUGCAGAGCAUACUUUACGAUAUGCUGAUGAGGUUCCUGAGCAAACCACUUUCAGUGACUGUCUGGAUCGAAAGCUCAUGGUUACUUCUAAUCAAACCUUGUCUCACUGACCUGGUCAAUAUUUGUACGAGCGGGGACACUAUACAUGAUUCAUGGAUUCAUACUGGAAACAUUACCGUUACUAUGCUUCACGAAUUCGCUGUUCAACUCGAGAAGCUCAAUAUGGAUUGGUCUCAUCUUUUAGCGAUCGAUCCGAAGGCUAUUUGGGGAUCUAGUAUCACUGCAUUCUCAAAAUCCUCCUUUUGGUAUCAGACCAAGGACACCACCGUUUCAUCUAUGUUACCUUCGGAAGCAGCAGGCACAUACAGGAGUGGGGAUUUCAACCGACCAAUUCUGCUCAAAUCCCAACUAUCCUCAACAGGCGAGACAAUUGGAGUAGCCAUGAUAGUGCCUUCAAGGAGUUAUCUCAUUGCGCUUGACGCAUUAUCAGCUCUUGGAAAUCAAACCCGCCAGUCGGAUCACGGGCUGGUUCCUCUAUCAGAAAGGGAAAAAAUUACUAGGCUCUGCAGUUCAGGAUGGAGAGCUCGAUUACAGAUAAGAAACGCCAACGAUGAAAGUCUUUUAAUGGACUACGAUGAGGAAAUUCCGGAACAGCAAAUCGCUCAUAUGCUAUGUCAAUGCCUGGCUAGCGGUACACCUCACAGACUCUCGAUAUCCGUAUUCUUUAGUGAUGAUCUACGCCAUGUCGUCAUCCUGCAGUCCAUCCUGGCGAUCCGAAAGGUUCCAUCGGUCCAAUCCGGCGUUCCAAACAUGCAGUGUAGGCUUCAAAGUCUGAACCACGGGGAUUCAGGUAGUAUCUUCAACGAAGGGAAAGAGCAAGACAGCUUCAAUUGCACCUUCGCCCCUACUGGUUCGGCUUUUGCACUGAGUUUUGAAAAAUCUCGGUCAAAUACUAUGCCCUCGCAAAUGGUCAAAGUAUGGAGCAAUGUUGCUGCAAUUGAGGACUGGCCAAAGUUUGUAUACAAGGGGCAAAUUCGGACUAGUGGACUUUCGUCUUAG